AUGACCCUCUCCGGCGGCGGCAGCGCCAGCGACAUGUCCGGCCAGACGGUGCUGACGGCCGAGGACGUGGACAUCGAUGUGGUGGGCGAGGGCGACGACGGGCUGGAGGAGAAGGACAGCGACGCUGGUUGCGAUAGCCCAGCGGGGCCGCCGGAGCUGCGCCUGGACGAGGCGGACGAAGUGCCCCCGGCAGCACCCCAUCACGGACAGCCUCAGCCGCCCCACCAGCAGCCCCUGGCAUUGCCCAAGGAGGCGGCCGGAGUCGGGGCCGGACCGGGGGGCGAGGUGGGCGCGCCCGAGGCGGACGGCUGCAAGGGCGGUGUUGGCGGCGACGAGGGCGGCGCGAGCGGCGGCGGGCCCGGCGCGGGCAGUGGUUCGGCAGGAGGCCUGGCCCCGAGCAAGCCAAAGAACAGCCUGGUGAAGCCGCCCUACUCGUACAUCGCGCUCAUCACCAUGGCCAUCCUGCAGAGCCCGCAGAAGAAGCUGACCCUGAGCGGCAUCUGCGAGUUCAUCAGCAACCGCUUCCCCUACUACCGUGAGAAGUUCCCCGCCUGGCAGAACAGCAUCCGCCACAACCUCUCACUCAACGACUGCUUCGUCAAGAUCCCCCGCGAGCCGGGCAACCCGGGCAAGGGCAACUACUGGACCCUGGACCCGCAGUCCGAGGACAUGUUCGACAACGGCAGCUUCCUGCGGCGCCGGAAACGCUUCAAGCGCCACCAGCAGGAGCACCUGCGCGAGCAGACGGCGCUCAUGAUGCAGAGCUUCGGCGCCUACAGCCUGGCGGCGGCGGCCGGCGCUGCGGGACCCUACGGCCGCCCCUACGGCCUGCACCCGGCGGCGGCGGCCGGUGCCUAUUCGCACCCGGCAGCGGCGGCGGCCGCGGCGGCUGCGGCGGCGCUCCAGUACCCGUACGCGCUGCCGCCGGUGGCGCCAGUGCUGCCUCCCGCCGUGCCCCUGCUGCCCUCGGGCGAGCUGGGCCGCAAAGCGGCCGCCUUCGGCUCACAGCUCGGCCCGGGCCUGCAGCUGCAGCUCAAUAGCCUGGGCGCCGCCGCGGCCGCUGCGGGCACAGCGGGCGCCGCGGGCACCACCGCGUCUCUCAUCAAGUCCGAACCAAGCGCACGGCCGUCGUUCAGCAUCGAGAACAUCAUAGGUGGGGGCCCCGCGGCUCCCGGGGGCUCGGCGGCGGGCGCUGGGGGCGCCGGCGGCACUGGGGGUUCCGGGGGCGGCAACACGGCGCAGUCAUUUCUGCGGCCACCCGGGACCGUGCAGUCGGCAGCGCUCAUGGCCACGCACCAACCGCUGUCGCUGAGCCGGACGACUGCCACCAUCGCGCCCAUCCUGAGCGUGCCGCUCUCCGGACAGUUUCUGCAGCCCGCAGCCUCGGCCGCCGCCGCUGCAGCCGCCGCCGCUCAAGCCAAAUGGCCGGCGCAAUAGGGACGCGCCAGUGGCCGGUACCCAGGGCCCGGCGGCGGCCUCGAGCGGCAGCUGCACCUCCAGGCUGCGCGCCCCGUCCCGAGCCCGGUCCCGGUCCCGGUCCCGCUGCCCAAUCCUGGACUCUGCCUCUCCCCCAUUUCCUUUCCCCUGAGCCCCCAACGCCUACCUUCCGCGGCCUCCACCCCCUCGCGCACACUUAAGCUGGUCGAGCAAACUCACCGCGUGCCCGCCGGGAAUAGCUUUCCAUACAGGUAAAACCGAAAACCGAAUUUUCCAAAAAUGCACCCCGACGGCGCCUGCUCUUAGUACCGUGGGGAUGGGAGGGAAAUUCUUUGUAUAUAUUUGUAAAAAAAUUAUUGACUUUCCUUUUGGGGUUUUUAUUUUUUUAAGAAAAAACAAAUUCCGUAGAUUUAGAGCUCUGAACUUUCAUUUUUUUUGAAGGUUCACUCUCCGAAGUUUUAUCUGAGAAAAGAAUGUAUAGAGACGUUGGGAGAUUUUAAAUAUAAAAAAUUUUCAAAAAGGCAAAAAGUGUCAUUCUAUUAUAAAAGUCUGUUUAUAUAUGAAUGAAUAUAUAUGGUAUUCUAAAUGUUAUUCCAUCGUGUUGUACACAAAUUUGUAAAUAAAUUUUUAAAAUGCCC